AUGGCCCCGUCUAAGCCAAAGGAGACCCUGCUGGAGCUAUGCACGACCACCAUCGCCCUCGGCAACGGAAUCGCGGUCCACACACUUGAAUACCUCUCCAUCUCCAAGCGUCCUCGACCCGGCUUCAAGGAAUGCGCCAUUGAGUUCCUGGAAUCUUCGCGAGCUUUGUUCCCAGCCAAAGCCGGACUGGCAAGAUCAAACGCAAAGUUCCCACCAGAUGUUUCCCAAGAACUACGAGAUCGCUUUACCCAAACACGCAAUGCAUUCUCCGUCAUGGACCAGAUGGUCAACAAGCUACUCAGCGGCGAGAAGAAGCAAGGCUUUGGGAAGCUAGGGAAGGGCUUUCGCUUGAUGCUCGCAGACGGCGAGAUUGAUAAGUUAAGACUGUGUUUGGCGCAAUGCCGUGCUGCAAUGAGUAUCAGUGCUCUGAUGUUCUCGUCUGUCCUGGGCGACGGCAAGCUCGACGCAGCGGCAGGCAUUGGGUAUACGGCUCUCGCAGCUAUCCUUGAAACAGCAGAUCCGACCAGAGCGAAAUCAACAUCAAGCCCUCUGACACCGCACGAGAUCGCCAUCGCAGACCUUUCUCCCGACAGACGACCACUACCACCCGCACCUCACAUCGACACGUACGCUCCGCGAUCAUCCUCAUUGCGGGAUGGGUAUUUUCCCAGUCUGCCCGAGGGUGCUUUGUUGGAUCGUCAGACAAUCAACAGCCCUACCAGUACGAUGUCUGCUGUAACACACAUGAAAUCGCCGUUCUCUGAUCGAAGUUCAGUAAUUGUGGGGAAUCCCAAUGACAAUGCCUCUGAUAUCACGUCAAUCACAUCAAUGCUAUCUCAGGAGAAUGGUGGGCAAUACCACGCCAUUGGCGACAAGAUACCCAAGCAACCAAUUCGCAUCAAGGUCGACCCUUCGAAAACGCAGAGAUGGACACCCAAGCGCAACACUGUACCUAUCUCAGAACAGUCUAAAGCUGCCCUCACCACGUCAAUCCAGCAAAAAGAUCACAAAACCAGCGAGCAACUACUUGACUGUGGUGUGCCACCAGAGGUUGGUCAUAUGAUCACUGCCAUCGUCAACCAUGAUCUGGAAAGCGUUCGCCUACUUCUACUGUUUGGUGCCGACGCAAAUGCGAAAGACAAAGAUGGCUCGACGCCGCUGUAUACCGCGACUGGCCAUUCAUUCUUCGAAGCCGCCCAACUACUCGUCAAGUAUGGUGCAGAUAGCAAUCUGUGCGCAGGUCCUUACGGAGAGAGUCCAUUCGCGGUGUCGUUGACCGGAAGCAAAAGCCAUUUCGUCCAUCUAUACUUGCAGUACGGUGCGGAUCCCAACCAGAUCAUGGGCAAUGGCGAUACACCUUUCACGCAAGCAAUGAAUAAGAGCACGCCUACUGCCCUCGUCGACCUCAUGAUCGUGUAUGAUGCGGAUGUUAACGGCAAGAAUGGCCGUGGCGAGACACCCCUGUUCAAGGCUAUCAACGACGCUGACAGACACGAUCUCGUCACAAUCCUGCUCGACCAUGGGGCUGAUCCAAAUAUGCCAGGACCUAAGAUUGUUCUAUGGCCGGCGGUGCAUCAUCCUCAGAUUCUUGAAGUCCUUCUUGAACGAGGAUCGGACCUCAGACGUGCCCCCGGUGUCCUGGAACUGGCAACAUCGAUCAACUCGCGGAGAGCGGUGGACUUGCUGUUGAAGUUCAACGUUGAUCUCAACGCCAAGAAGGAUGGCAUAUACACUCCACUUUGCUCAGCCAUUCGUGACAAUCGAGAGGAGCUGGUGGAUUUGCUACUCGCAUCUGGCGCUGACCCUAACUGUACUGCUCUGGAACUCCCGGUCUACAAAUGUGUCACGUAUCACCGACCACAUUUCCUGCCACGACUUCUUGCCGCUGGUGCGAACCUCCACAGCCCCAAGGGUGUUGUUGCUCACGCAGUCAAGCACAACGACAAAGAAGCUUUGGCGUUCCUGCUAAAGCACGGCUGCGAUAUCAAUGUCCGAAACUCCGUCACAGGACAGACCGCACUCACGACUGCCAUUAAGGAGAACCGGCUCGACAUGAUUGACAUCCUCCUUCAACAUGGCGCCAAUCCAGCGAUCCGCGGACAAGACUGGCCUGUGAGCAUGGCAGUAAAGAACCCAGAAAUCCUCCAGAGACUCCUCCCGCACAUCCCAACAACGCUGAUCAACAAAGGCGCCGUGGAAAUGGCCGUCGUAGCGGACCAACUCGAAAGCGUCAAGCUCCUCAUCAGCAAAGGCGUCUCGGUCGAGGACAAGAACGGCGGCGUCUUCAGCCCCCUGGCCACCUCCAUCCGGGAGAACCGCAAGGAAAUCUUCCGAUACCUGGUCGACGAAGCGGAUGCAGACGUCAACGCACCCGGGGAGCAUCUUCCCAUCAUCAAAGCCAUCCGUCGACACCGUGAAAACGACAUGAGCUAUAUCGAGCAUCUCCUCAUCUGUGGUGCGGAUAUCAACCUCAUGUACCGGGGCUGGAACGCCGUGCUUCAGGCGUUGGACAAUGGCGACAUGCAGAUCUUGAAACUCCUCGCUACGAAAGGUCAUCCGGACAUUUCUGCCCGCGACGAGCAUGGACGGAGCGUGCAGGAGAUUAUGCAGGAAAGAGGUCUUGAGGAAGAGAUGCAGGUUCUGCUGAGUUCGAAGCGGCCGAGUCGACGGUCGAGUCCUGAGAUCAAGGAGGCGUUGAGUUCGUUGAGGGAGUUGGUUUUGUAA